UUUUGGGCUCGAGAGAGAAGAGAGGAAAAUGCUGGGCGCUGCCAGGAAUCGUCUCCUUGCCCCGGCGGCGGGCACGAUCUUCACGCGCCUUCGCGCGGCGCUCACAGGUGGGGGCAAGGCAUGGUACUCCUCCGAUUUUGAUUUGGGGAAGAAGCCCGGGGAUUGGGACUGCGCGACGUGCUUCCAUCUCAACUUCAGCAGGCGCGAUUCGUGCCAGCGCUGUGGGAACCCUCGCCCGGUGGGCGGCGGCGGCGGCGGCGGUGGUGGAUCGAUGAGCAUGGGCGCUGAUCGGGGCUGGGGCGGCGCGGAUGUCAAGCCCGGCGACUGGUUUUGCCCGUCCUGCAAUACCCACAACUUUGCUAGCCGUGGCACUUGCUUCAAGUGUGGCAAUGAGAAAGUGGAGAACAAUGCGUCCAUGGAUGGGAGGCCCGGAUGGAGGAUGGGUGACUGGACUUGCACUGGCUGCAGCGAGCACAACUUUGCCAGUCGUACCGAGUGCUUCAAGUGCAAUGCUCCAAAGACUUCUGCCUCUACCGCGUAGGAGUCGUGCAUUUCAAGCCAAGCUAAGUUUCGCAAGUAUUAAUAACUAGAUUGUGAGAGAUGCAAACUGGGCAAUUGUUCCAAUGAUCGAGGUGUUGCCGAUUUGCGGAAAAGCAUGUAGUGUGUUUUAAUGAGUAUAGGACACUUGUUGGAAGUAUAGAACACUUGGAAGUUGGAAUCCUUGGUCUUCUUAUUUUA